AAAAAUAAAAAUAAAAACAAUAGAAGAGAUCGUUUUGGCAGCAAAGAGAGAGAACUGUUGUUUGCCAUCAUCAUUCAUCAAUUAACCAUUCCGGUUGAUUUCUUUCAAGAACAAACUUCCGACCGCCGUGCAGCUCCGGUCUAGCGAUCCACUGCGUUUCUAUUUUUUGAUUCUCUUAAAGAUGUCAGGUUCAGGUCAGCGCUUGAAUGUGGUUCCUACUGUUACAGUGCUUGGAGUUGUGAAAGCUCGCCUUGUUGGUGCUACAAGAGGUCAUGCUCUUCUCAAGAAGAAGAGUGAUGCUUUAACUGUGCAGUUCCGGCAGAUUCUCAAGAAGAUUGUCUCUACAAAAGAAUCAAUGGGAGAUAAAAUGAAAGCCUCCUCAUUUGCUUUAACUGAAGCAAAGUAUGUCGCUGGUGAGAACAUCAAGCAUACUGUCCUUGAGAAUGUCCAAACUGCAACUCUUAAAGUCCGAUCUCGGCAAGAGAAUGUUGCUGGUGUUAAGCUUCCUAAGUUCGACUAUUUCCAUGAAGGUGAGACUAAGAAUGACCUCACUGGAUUGGCAAGAGGUGGCCAACAGGUUCAGGCCUGUCGUGCUGCUUAUGUGAAAGCUAUCGAGGUUCUUGUUGAGCUUGCUUCACUUCAGACAUCAUUUAUGACGCUUGAUACGGCUAUCAAGACCACAAAUCGUAGGGUCAAUGCACUGGAGAAUGUUGUGAAGCCAAGAUUGGAGAAUACUAUAACCUACAUCAAGGGGGAGUUGGAUGAGCUUGAAAGAGAAGAUUUCUUCAGAUUGAAGAAGAUACAGGGUUUCAAGAAGAGGGAAAUUGAGAGACAGCUUGCUGCUGCCAAGCAGUUUGCCGAGGGACAGGUUGCUGAGAAAGUUUCCUUGCAGAAAGGGAUUUCAUUAAAUUCAGCUCAAAACAUGUUGUCUGCUUCAGAGAAGGAUGAGGAUAUAAUUUUCUGAUGCUGAGGUUAGUUUAUAUGUUUUUCCUUAGGAUGUGUGGCUUUGGUUGCUGUUGCUUUGUCUAAGGAGGAUUCCUAUUACUAUUUAGAUGGAGAAUCUCAUUUCGGAAUAAGAGUCUCAUGUAUGUUUCUAUUUAUUGUGUAUUAAAUUUCUGACCAUCAGUGAAACUCUGCAAAAAUAUUUGUUUGUUAGUCUUUGGUUGGUAACUUCGGCAUAUGUAUUGGAUCACUUCUUAUUUUCACAUAAAUGCAACAACAGGCAUUGGAACCUUUGAGAACUUAAA